ACUGACCAGAUCAAUAUCCCAGGAGUUUAAUUGACUUGAUGCUAUACUCUGAUUAAACAGUGUUCCUUUAAUUUUUUUGAGCAGUGUACAUGAGUUAAUGUGUUACUAAACCCAGAACCCUUCAUUCACUAUGUCUGGUCUCCCUAGACCCUGCAUUCACUAUAUCUGGUCUCCCAGGACCCUGCAUUCACUAUAUCUGGUCUCCCCGGACCCUGCAUUCACUAUAUCUGGUUUCCCAGGACUCUGCAUUCACUAUAUCUGGUCUCCCCGGACCCUGCAUUCACUAUAUCUGGUCUCCCCGGACCCUGCAUUCACUAUAUCUGGUCUCCCUGGACCCUGCAUUCACUAUGUCUGAGCAAUCCACAUUAAAGUGUUACUAAACCCUGGACCCUGCAUUCACUAUAUCCAGUCUCCCUGGACCCUGCACUCACUAUAUCUGGUCUCCCUGGACCCUGCACUCACUAUAUCUGGUCUCCCACAGUACACACAACAUGG